UAUUUUCUUACUUAUUUAAACACGCCUUGAAAACUUUCUCUUUUCUUUUUUCUUUAUUCUCUUUCUUGCAUUAAACAAAUAUGCUAGGACCUUCACCUGUAGCUAAACCCAUUGAACCUCGCAAUUACUUUGUCGAUUUUUUGGACAAGAUCAAACAUGACAUGGAAGACGAAGAUUUGAUCAAAAGCUUUCAUGCACUUACAGAAAACAUACAGCGCAAAUCUCCCAAGACCACUACUCAAUUCAAAGCGGCUAAUGGAGGUGCAGUGGUAUUAAAGGCGAACAAGUCUUCUCCUCCUUCUUCUUCUGGUCGUGUUGAUCCAAGCCCUUCAUCUCAACCCACAGGGUUCAAAUGGACCUUGGAAUCCCUGGCUCAAAACAUCAAGGCUGCACUCCAUAUCAACCCUACCAAUACGGGUGCUAUUAAAGAUGCUUUAUCCCUGCCUAUCAAAGACCAACUUACGUUGUUAGGGGCCAUUACUGAAAGAUUACUUGGAAAAAAUGCGCCAGUGAACGAUCGUAACAACACGUUCGAAUCUGUCAUGAACAUUUUAGGCAAUUUGGGACCAGAAUACAGUGACCUUAUUUAUGUUGUUACUCAGCCAUUAAUCCAACAGUUUUAUAAUGAUCUCCCCAAGCCUUUUAUCAACUACGUUGGCCAUAGUUUCCGCACUGCUGAUGGAAGUUAUAACAGUCUUAUUUUCCCUGAAGUUGGUAAAUCGGGUUCGAAUUAUACCCGUACUGUAGUAAGAACUGGCCUUAAUAAUACAAAUCUACCUUCGGCUAAACUCGUGUUUGACAAACUCUUGAGAAGACCUGAGGGUGUAUUUAAUGAGCACAAAGGCAGUGUCAACAUGAUGUUACUCUAUUUGGCCAUUCUUAUCACCCAUGAUUUGUUUUAUACUGACCCAAAUGACCCCAAGCGUAAUCUGACCACAAGCUAUAUUGACCUUUCUCCACUUUAUGGUUUCAACCAAGAAAAUCAAGAGUCAGUGCGUGAAAUGAAAGACGGUCUUUUGAAACCUGAUCAAUGGUUUGAUAAACGUCUCGUCAUUCAGCCUGCAGGUGUUGCUAGUCUAUUGGUUAUGUUCUCCCGUAAUCAUAAUUAUAUCGCAAAGAAACUGUUGGAAAUCAAUGAAAAUGAGCGUUUCUCUUAUGGUCCUGGAAAGCGCCUCAAGAGUAAAGAAGAACAAGACGAACAUUUGUUCCAGACAGCACGUUUGAUCAACAAUGCUUGUUAUGCUAAUGUUGUUAUUCAUGACUAUAUUCGAACGAUUAUUGGUACUACAGCAGAUUCUGAUUUCAUUCUUGACCCGUUUGCUACACCUUCAAACCCAAUUUACGGCAAUGCUGUCUCUAUUGAAUUCAACGUCAUCUAUCGAUGGCACGCUGGUAUUGGUAAAAAGGAUUCUGAGUGGAUUGAUCAGGUGAUGAGCCUUUUGAUGAACAAAAUGAAAGAAAAGCGAGAACAAAAACAUCCUGGCGAAUACCGAGAAUUGAUCAACAAGGGUACACAAGAUGAAAGCCUCUUCGACCAACUUUUACAAGAGUUCAAUGUACAUUUCGUAAAUGCUUCUGACGAAGAAUUAGCAAAGGGCUUGCCUAUUGCUGGUGCACACCGUGAUCUUCAGACUGGUAAAUUCAAGGACACAGAUAUUAUACAAGGUUUAAGAGACGGUUAUAAUCAACCCCUAUCAGAAAUUGGUAAUGGACGUAAUACGCCUGCUGCUCUGGAACAUGUUGAAAUUGCCGGUAUUAACCAAGCCCGUGCACUGGAGAUUUGUAGCUUUAAUGAUUUCAGAAAGUUUCUUAACCUGACGACUAUGAAAACAUUUGCAGACUUUACUGAGGAUGUUGAAGUCCAAAAGGGGCUGGAGAAGUUAUAUGGGACACCUGACCGAGUUGAACUAUAUGUAGGUCUGAUGGUCGAACGCACAAAACAAACAGGUCUUCGAUUGCCUUAUACGAUGGGUCGAGCCAUUUUAAGUGAUGCUGUCAAUUUACUAAGAAAUGACCGUAUCUUGACUAAAGAAAUGACACCUGCUACUUUGACCAACUGGGGCUUCGAGUACUCUCGAGGUGAUCCUCAUGGUAAUAACCGUGUGUUCCCUACUUUAAUUGCCAAUUCAUUUCCCGAUGCAACCAACGCCUUUAGUUCAGAAGAGCUCAGGACUUUGUUUAACGUUCCAAGAAAACAAUAAGUUCUUGUGCAACACAAUCAUAAGCUUGUCAUGAUC